UGAAUAAAAGGAGCCUCAUUAAAUGUGUAUGGCUGUUUACAAAACUUCUGCUGAUUGAUGCAAGAAAAUUGAAGCCGAAAAAGGGUAUUUAAUUAGCUUCCAAGAGAGUCAGAAACGGGACGAACUGAAGUAGGGUCAUGAUGAAUGUGAUCCUUGCAGUGAAGCAGUAUGUGGCCAAGAUGAUUGAAGAGAGUGGACCUGGAAUGAAAGUGCUUCUGAUGGAUCGAGAUACCAUCAGCUAUGUGAGCAUGGUAUAUGCUCAGUCUGAGAUUCUCCAGAAGGAAGUCUAUCUCUUCGAGUUACUCAACUCCAAUGCCAGAGAAAUGAUGAAGCAUCUUAGAUGUAUUUGUUAUAUCCGCCCAACCAAGGAAAACAUUGAUCUCUUAUGCCAAGAACUGAAGAGUCCAAAGUAUGGAAUAUACUGCAUCUACUUUAGCAACGUAGUAAGCAAGAGUGACGUGAAGAGGUUAGCUGAGGCAGAUGAGCAGGAAGUUGUCAGAGAAGUCCAGGAGUUCUACGGAGAUUACAUUGCAGUCAGUCCUCACAUCUUCUCCUUCAACAUUGUGGGAUGCUCACAGGGCAACGUGUGGAAGACUGGCGUUUUGAACAGGAUAUGUGCCGGUCUUACAGCAGUACUUUUAUCCCUCAAGAAAUGUCCAAUGAUCCGCUAUCAGAACUCGUCUGAGCUCGCAAAACGAUUAGCUGAAAACGUCAAGCAAGUGAUAUCUAAAGAUGCUGGUUUGUUCGACUUCAGACGGACAGAUGUGCCACCAUUGUUGCUCGUCCUUGAUCGUCAUAGCGAUGCAGUGACACCCCUCCUUCAUCAGUGGACAUACCAGGCCAUGGUGCACGAGUUGCUCGGCAUUCGUAAUAAUCGCAUUGACUUGUCCAAAGUACCUGGAAUCACCAAAGAUCUGCAAGAGGUUGUCUUAUCGGCAGAGCAGGAUGAAUUCUAUGCAGCGAAUGUUUACAACAAUUUUGGUGAGAUUGGUGGUCGGAUCAAGGAACUGAUGGAGGAGUUUCAGCAGAAGAGCCAAAGUACAAAGAAGAUUGAAUCCAUCGCUGACAUGAAGGCCUUUGUUGAGAACUAUCCACAGUUUAAGAAGAUGUCUGGAACUGUAUCCAAGCAUGUGACGGUUGUAGGAGAGUUGUCGAGACUCGUUGGUUCAAACAAUCUACUAGAGGUGUCUGAAGUACAACAAGAGUUGGCUUGCCAGAGUGACCACAAUGAGUCCCUGAAGAAGGUACGUGGUCUUGUGAUGAGUGAUAGAGUGAAAGAGCUUGAUGCGUGCUGUCUGGUGGCACUGUAUGGUCUCCGCUACGAAAGACAUAGUAACAAUGACUUCAUGACGUUACUGAACGCACUCAGCAGAAAGGGAGUCAGUGAAAGAAACAAAAGGUUGGUGAGAGCUGUAGUGGAGUAUGGUGGUGAACGGAGCCGAGGGACGGAUCUAUUUGGUCAGAAUAAUCCUAUCUCAAGAACGAGGAGGUUCUUCAAGGGACUCAAGGGAGUUGAGAACAUCUACACCCAGCACACACCGUUACUGCAGGAGACUUUGGAUCAGUUGAUUAAGGGGAAACUGAAGGAGGGAAGCUAUCCAUACCUCGGGCCAAGUCAACUCAAAGACAGACCGCAGGAUAUCAUUGUGUUCAUGGUCGGUGGGAUUACAUAUGAAGAGGCGCUGGCCGUUUAUAAUAUCAAUAAAUCAACUCCAGGUGUGAGGAUCGUCCUUGGUGGAACCACAGUACACAACUCACAGACGUACCUUGAAGAGGUUGCCAUGGCUCAGCAUAUGUCAUGAGAAAGGCUCCAGGCAGAGUAGAGACUCGUACUACUUCCGGAGGUACACGAGUACAGAAAUACAGUUUGAUCCAUGACUGACUCACUUAUUAUGUACCUAGUGGGUUGCCUCGAGCCUCACUUAUACACAGUUGCUGCUGAUCGGAAAGGAUCGAAAGCACCACAUGAUGAUAAUACAUGUAAUAUAUAAUAUACAGUCUUUAUAUGGGGCACCCAUCGACCAGUAAGAUACUCAAGGCGCUUGAACAAAAACAAUUUUUUUUUUUUUUUAAUGAGACUAAUUUUAUGGCACCUUAUCAAGAUUUACUAGGUGCUGUGACCAGUCAGCAGCUACUGCCAAAAGAACUGGGGCAAACCCCCUUCUCCCAAGCAAUAAGAGUAACUGGGUUCAGACCUACAGCUUUUUGUCCCAUCAUAAGGAAGCAGCCAUAAUGGAUUUAGUGUGUUGCUUAAAGGGUGGCUGCAGUGUUUUUUUAAAAUAAUUUAAACGAUUAAACAUGACUUUUUAAACCUGAAGUAUUU